AUGAAGCAGUAUCAAGACGCAUUCCGAAAUAAGUUUAUAACUUAUCAGAAACAAGCUCAGAGGGAAGCACACCAACUAGAUACCUUAGAGAAGAUAGAUAAUAUAGAGAACGAAGAGCUUACAAUACUUUACGACUCCCGGCAAGAUAAGGUUACGCGAUAUCUAUCGAAAGAAUAUAAGCAGGAAUUCCUAGUGCUUACCAGAAUAGCACGAGAUAUUCUCUCGAUCCCUGCUAGUGGAGCAGGAGUAGAGCGUUUAUUCAAUUAUACUCGUGAUAUCUACCAUUAUCGCCGUGGGCAGCUAAAGCCAGACACAAUCAAGGGUCUAAUGCUCCAUCACUUUUUAUCUAAAUUUGAGCUGAAAUAG